GAACAAGAACAAGAAGUUAGUAACACUAACAGCAACAUUGAUUUUUCCCAACGUUUUCUUCUUUUUCCCUCUAGUAUGUUCAACAACGGAAAGGCACGUGGUUCCUUCCCUGAUACUUUCCCACAACCCUCCACCUCAACCAUGUUGUCUGCCGCCAAGAAUAUGACCACAGACCUCUUGGCCAAGGAGGGAAAAGAGCAUAUCGAGCUGCAGACU